AUGGCUCGUCAAUUCUUUGUUGGAGGUAACUUCAAAGCUAACGGAACCAAAUCAUCCGUCACAUCAAUCAUUGAUAACUUGAACAAGCAAGAUUUGCCAAAAGAUGUCCAAGUUGUCAUUGCCCCACCAUCGUUGUACCUUGGGUUAGCAAUUGCUGAAAACAAGCAACCAACAGUUGAAGUUGGUGCUCAAAACGUUUUCAACAAGGGUACUGGUGCAUUCACUGGUGAAAUUUGUGCUGAACAAGUUGUUGAUGUUGGUGCCAAAUGGACGUUAACUGGUCACUCUGAAAGAAGAACCAUUCUUAAAGAGAGCGACGAUUUCGUUGCUGAAAAGACUAAAUACGCUUUGGACAAUGGUUUGAGUGUUAUCUUAUGUAUUGGUGAAACUUUGGAUGAAAGGAAAGGAGGCAUCACUUUGGAUGUCUGUGCUAGACAAUUGGAUGCUGUUUCCAAGAUCAUCAAGGACUGGUCCAAGAUUGUUGUUGCUUAUGAACCUGUAUGGGCUAUUGGUACUGGUUUGGCUGCUACACCAGACGAUGCUGAAGAGACCCACAAGGGUAUCAGAGAACACUUGGCCAAGACCAUUGGUCAAGAUCAAGCUGAAAAAGUGCAAAUCUUGUAUGGUGGAUCAGUCAAUGGUAAGAAUGCUCCUGAAUUUAAAGACAAGGCCAACGUUGAUGGAUUCUUGGUUGGUGGUGCUUCAUUGAAACCAGAAUUUGUUGACAUUAUCAAGUCUAGAUUGUAG